UGUGGCACAUUGUCUGCACAGAGUCUUCAUCAGUCAUGAUUGUAUUCUUACUGCUCACCAUGCCAGGCUUUGUCGCUGUUUCCACAGUCUGUCCUGUUAGAUGCACAUGCAGAGUGAAAGAUUCAGUUGCUUGCGAGGAUAAAAAAGUUGCAGACAUUACCACUUUUAACAUUCCUCAUAAUUUUACAUAUGUUCGUAUAAGUGGCACACAAGCUACAGAACUAACAGAGUUCAGCUUCCAACAAAUGCCAUUUACGUUACGCCUGUUCUUACAGAGCAAUCGAUUUUCUAUAAUAAGACCAGGGGCUUUUCAGAAAUUUCCUCUCCUGAAAACUCUCAGGUUAUCAAAAAACAAUGUGAGCUCUUUGCCUUCUGAAGUCUUCAGUACAUUAAUCUACCUUGAACAUUUGUACCUGGAUGAAAAUGUAUUGGUGUACCUUGAUCCAUCAAUAUUCAAUCAUUUGAGCAGUCUAAAUAUCCUAAAUUUGUCUAUAAAUAGACUCCAAGCUUUACCCAAAAACAUUUUUAGAUCAUUGUCUAAAUUAACACACCUAAUACUUAAUGAUAAUCAAUUGGUAGAGAUACCAAAUUGGAUGUUUGAUAACCUCAUGGAACUGGUUGAACUCCACCUACAUUCAAACUUAAUUGAAAUGAUUGACAAAGAAGCAUUUUAUCAGCUUCCAAAACUAAAAAAAUUAUCAUUGAAGAAAAAUUGCCUAAAAACAUUGGCCGAUGGAUUAUUUCUCUAUUUACAUAAGUUGGAAAGCUUGUCUCUGUAUGAAAAUCCAUUAAAGGAACUGCCUAAUGUACUGUUCGGUAAAAUAGGCACACUCAGGUCCUUCAGGCUUUGGGGCACAUCCCUUUCUACAAUUCCUAAUUUUAUUUUCAGUAAUUUAACCAAUCUAGAAGUUCUCAUCUUAACUAAGAACACACAACUUCAGUCUCUUCCAAAAGAUACUUUCAGUGGUCUGACCAAACUUGUGGAACUGUAUUUACAUACUAACAACUUCAGCUCUCUUCCUGUGGGACUCUUCCAGGAUCUACAAAGCCUACAAAAUCUCUCCUUGUACAAUAAUACAUUUGAUAACCUCCCUGAUAAUUUAUUGAGACCUCUUAUAAAACUUCAAAAUGUUUAUUUAAACAACAGCAAGAUAACAACCCUACCAGGAAACUUGUUCAAGUUGUUGCCAAAUCUUCAAAGUGUUCAUCUUGAGGGCAAUCCCUGGAUGUGUGAUUGUAAGCUUAUAGAGUUUAAGUCCUGGUUGGAAAAUAAUACGGAAAAGGUACCAAACCAUAUGACACUUCUUUGCACAAACCCUCCAACAUUAAAGACCACACCUGUGUUGGCAUUAGAAGCACUAAUUUGUCCAUCCACAUCAAUUACAGAGCAGAAAAGGGGUUCUUAUAUGCUAACAAAACUUUUAAGCUCCUGGGUUAAUUUCAGUACAAGUGACAGGAUGACUAUUACAACACCUACUACAGAAUAUAUUACUAGUGUAAUAGAUUACUCUAGUACUAUGCAUAUGUCAAACUGGGAUAACCGUAAAAACCCAUAUAUGAACCACACUAAAACAACCAGUAGAACAUCAGGACAUGAAUUGCAAUGUAAGCUUGUGAUGUUACACAGAUGUAGUCUUCCUUCUGGUUAUAUAAUUUACUAUCUACUUUAUUUCACAACAUCAGUACAACUGUUCCUUACAACUGUACAAUGUUUUGUCUUGAUAAAAAUGAGAACAUUUUAUAACCACUUCAACAUUCCUACUGAGCCUGUAGUAUUAGUGCAUAUCUUAGUUCCACCAAAUUGUCCUGCUCCAGAUUCAAACUAGUAGGCCUAUAAGAUGUUAACUUUUAUAUUGAGAUAUUAACUGUUUCACAUAAACAUGAUUCCUAUAUGGCAAUAUGGCUCUUUGACAAUGCAGUUAUCACUGUGUACAUUUUGAUUGGGUAAGGGUGCCAUUUAUGCCUGAUGAUGUGUACAAUUCAACAAAUGUUGAUCAUUGUUUAUUAUUAUCUUAUUUUGUAAAUACUCAUAUGCAAACACUUUUUGGUAUGUUAAAAAGUAUACUCAUAAAAUGUGCAAAUUACUGUGUGUAAAUACAAUUGGAUGGAAAUUAAAUAAAACAUCUGGAAUUUGGUACUUACCUUUGAACCAUGUGACUGCAGUUACAAUUUCAUAAUUCGCUACGUCUAGGAAUUGACACAUGUAAACCUGCAUUGUUCAAUCCUUUUUCAAGACCGGUAGUAAAAGGUGUGAGCAAGAAAUUGGCAGUCUGUACACACAAAAAUGUGUAAAAGGCACGUUA